GUCUGGGGCGGAGACUUGGGAGCGCCUGAAAGUAGCGAAGGGGGCGGGACCCAGACCCAUCUUUAAAGACCCAAACUGCCUUAGGGCAUCUAGACUCACGCCGGCGGCCCUGAGCGGCUCCCCCUCGCCAUGGGCCGCUACCGCAUCUGCGUGGCCACCGGGGCCUGGCUCUUCUCCGGGUCGUUCAACCGCGUGCAGCUGUGGCUGGUCGGGGAGCGCGGGGAGGCGGAGCUGGAGCUGCAGCUGCGGCCAGCGCGGGGCCAGGUGGAGGAGUUCGAACAGGACGUUCCCCAGGACUUGGGGCCACUGCAGUUUGUGAAGUUGCGCAAACACCACUCCCUGGUAGACAACGCCUGGUUCUGCGACCGCAUCACCGUGCAGGGCCCAGGAGCGAUAGAGGAGGCCGCCUUCCCCUGCUACCGCUGGGUGCAGGGCGAGGGCGUGCUGACCCUGCCUGAGGGCACCGCCCGCCUGGCAGGAGACAAUGCAUCGGAUGUGUUCCAGAAACAUCGAGAGAAGGAACUGAAGGAAAGACAGCAAGUAUACUGCUGGGCCACCUGGAAGGAAGGGUUACCCCUGACAAUAGCUGCAGGCAGUGAGGACAAUCUACCUCCAAAUGUGAGAUUCCACGAGAAGAAGAGGCUGGACUUUGAAUGGACACUGAAGGCUGGGGCACUGGAGAUGGCCCUCAAGCGUGUGUACACCCUCCUGAGCUCCUGGAACCAUCUGGAGGAUUUUGAUCAGAUCUUCUGGGGCCAGAAGAGCAAUCUGGCUGAAUAUCCUCCUCCUACCCUCCACCCUGACCCCACAGAGAAGGUUCACCAGCGCUGGCAGGAUGAUGAGUUUUUUGGCUACCAGUUCCUCAAUGGUGCCAACCCCAUGCUGUUGAGACGCUCCACCUCUCUGCCCUCCCGGCUGGUGCUGCCCUCGGGAAUGGAAGAGAUUCAGGCCCAGUUGGAGAACGAACUCCAGAAAGGUUCCCUGUUUGAGGCUGACUUCAUCCUUCUGGAUGGAAUUCCAGCCAAUGUGAUCCGAGAAGAGCAGCAGUACCUGGCUGCCCCCCUUGUCAUGCUGAAGAUGGAACCCAGUGGGAAGCUGCUGCCCAUGGUCAUCCAGAUCCAGCCUCCCAGCCCCAGCUCCCCGACCCCAUCACUGUUCCUGCCUUCGGAUCCUCCACUUGCCUGGCUCCUGGCAAAGAUCUGGGUCCGAAAUUCAGAUUUCCAACUGCACCAGCUCCAAUACCAUCUGCUGAACACUCAUCUGGUGGGUGAAGUCAUUGCUGUCGCCACCAUGAGGUGCCUCCCAGGACUGCACCCUGUCUUCAAGCUCCUGAUCCCACACACCCGCUACACCAUAGAGAUCAACACACGGGCAAGGACCCAACUCAUCUCAGAGGGAGGUGUGUUUGAUAAGGCUGUGAGCACUGGUGGAGGCGGCCAUGUGCAGUUGAUCCGUCGGGCUAUGGCUCAGCUGACCUACCGCUCCCUCUGUCCUCCUGACGAUCUGGCUGACCGAGGCCUGCUGGGCAUCCCAAGUGCCCUCUAUGCCCAUGAUGCUUUACGGCUCUGGGAGAUCAUUGCCCGGUACGUGGAAGGGAUCGUCCACCUCUUCUACCACGGGGAUGACGUCGUGAGAGGGGACCCUGAGCUGCAGGCCUGGUGUCGGGAGAUCACUGAGGUGGGGCUGUGCCAGGCCCAGGACCGAGGUUUCCCUGUCUCCUUCCAGUCUCUGAAUCAGCUCUGCCAUUUCCUUACCAUGUGUGUGUUCACGUGCACAGCCCAGCAUGGGGCCAUCAACAAGGGCCAGCUGGACUGGUAUGCCUGGGUGCCUAAUGCCCCAUGCACAAUGCGAAUGCCCCCACCCACCACCAAGGAAGAUGUGACAAUGGACACAGUGAUGGGCUCACUCCCUGAUGUCCAACAGGCCUGUCUUCAAAUGACCAUCACAUGGCAUCUGGGUCGACGCCAGCCAGACAUGGUUCCUCUGGGGCAUCACAAAGAACAGUAUUUCUCGGGCUCCAAGACCAAAGCUGUACUAAACCAAUUCCAAGCAGAUCUGGAAAAGUGGGAGAGGGAAAUGACAGCCCGGAAUGAGCAACUUGACCUUGCCUACGAAUACUUAAAGCCCAGCAACAUAGAGAACAGUAUCACUAUCUGAGCUCUAUGGUGCCCCCACCUGGAAAACUUCAGCUCUCGGAAAUAAAUUCUCUGCAUCAGUAGCCCACUGGCCCAGGCAGGGUGGUGGUGGUGGGGAGAGUGGGGUGCUAGGAGGGAAGGGGAGGCAGCAAACCUUUUCUGUAAAAGGGACCACAUGAAAAUUGUAUGGUUUGUAGGCCACACAGACUCUGUCACUACUCAACUCCCAUUGUAGCAAAUGGGACAAUAUGAAAAUGAAUGAGUGUGAAUGUGUUCCAAUAAAACUUUAUUCAUGCUCAGUGAAAUGUGAA